AUGAGCUACGAGAGCAAGAAGGCCCAGGACCCUGAGGAGUCGCGAACUUUUUAUUCUAAGGAACUACUUGGCUACACUUACUCGGAGGGCCAACCCGCGGCAUGGGAUUCGGUCCUUAGUGUCCUGCCGACUCCACCCCAACAGAAAGUCGGCAACCCAAACAACCGAGGGGAAGUUGAGCCAUUCAAAGAGAAAGUCGGCGAAUUUCAAUACAUAUUCUACAGCCCGGGCGAAGAGCAACGACCUCUCUGGAAAUGCACUGAAUGGAUAGAGUGGUAUGCCAUUCCUGCUCUCCUGGAACACAAUCUCAUUCAACAAGGAAGUUGA